AUGCUGCAGCGAAUAUUAAAAAGAGGGCCUUGUUACGUAAAAAGAACAGCACAGGCAUUGGGACUUGCGUCUCGAACUUUUAAUACGUUAAAUAAUAUUACGCAUUCAGGUCAUAACAAAUGGUCGACAAUAAAGCAUCAAAAGAUGAAGAAUGAUGCGAUAAAGAAUAAAGCUGCUAACAAGAUAUCCUUACAGAUUACAUCUGCAGUUAAAGCUAAUGAUACUACGUCUUUGAAUAACUUAGUGGAAUUAGCUAUGAAGAGUAAUAUACCGAAGAGAGUUGUAGAGAAUGCAAUAAAUAAGGGUAAAAUUGGUACUAUUGGUGAUGGUAGUGAAAAUAAUAAUCUUUGUAUGUAUGAAGGAAUCGGACCUGGAGGUGUAGCAUUUGUAGUGGAAUGUUCCACUGAUAAUAAGAAUAGAACUGUCGGGUUGGUUAGAAGUGCCUUUUUGAAGGCGAAUGGGUCCAUGACUCCGACUUCUUAUUUAUUUGAUGUGAAGGGUUAUUUGCUGGUGGUUCCACCUAAGGAAUUGGAUAAUGAAGAGAAAGUCUUUGAGAAAAGUAUUGAAAUUGAUGGUAUAGAAGACAUCGAGUUAUUAAAGGGAGAAGAAGAAGGAGACGAGAAUAGAGAUUCUACAACAAUAAGAAGUGUUAGUGAUACAAAACAGGGCGUUGACAAUAAUGAGAAUUUGGCAGGAGAGAAGUACUAUGAAAUUAUUGUAGGCGAUCCGGCCGAUACUAGUCAGGUAGCUAACGAACUUCAAAGGGAAGGUUUCACAAUAGAACAACAAAUUGGUAACAAGUACAUUGCCAAAGAUGAUAUGAAGGUUAAUAUAGAUGAUGAAAACGUUAUGGAGCGAUUACAGAAGUUAAUCUCACAAUUAGAAGCUAUUGAUGAAUUUCGAGGAUUCUAUACCAACUGCGAUGCUGUACAGCAAUCAUUCAAAACACCACUAGCACAGGCGUAA